GAGUGGACGGGGUGGAGCAGCGAGCUUCCCGCCGCGGCGCCGGGACCGGACCGGACGGGACAGGUGGGGGGGGCGCACGUGGACGAUGCCACGCUCCUUCCUGGUGAAGAGCAAGAAGGCGCACACGUACCACCAGCCCCGCGUCCAGGACGAUGAACCAGUCUGGCCCCCUGACCCGAGCCUGGGGAUCAGGGACCAGGCCCCGAGCAGCUACCCCGUCCUCAGCGCCCUGUCACCGAACCCGUGCCUGGACUGGACCGACCUCAAACGGGAGCCAGAGCUGGGGCUGGACCACAGCUUGACCAGGAUGGUCCCGGCACCAGAAGGCCCUGCCGUGACGCCCCAGCCCCAGGACGGGGACUCGCCCCACUCCGACUCACCCCCGUUCUACAAACCCAGUUUCUCCUGGGACGCCCUGGCCUCGUCCUACAGCCACAGCUACCGGCAGGCCCCCUCUACCAUGCAGUCCGCCUUCCUGGAGCGCUCCGUCAGCCUGUACGGCAGCCCCCUGGUGCCCAGCGCCGAGCCGCCCUUGGACUUCAGCCUCCGCUACUCCCCGGGCCUGGACACGUACCACUGCAUCAAGUGCAGCAAGGUCUUCUCCACCCCGCACGGGCUGGAGGUGCACGCCCGGCGCUCCCACAGCGGGACCCGGCCCUUCGCCUGCGAGGUCUGCGGCAAGACCUUCGGCCACGCGGUGAGCCUGGAGCAGCACACGCACGUCCACUCCCAGGAGCGCAGCUUCGAGUGCCGGAUGUGCGGCAAAGCCUUCAAGCGCUCGUCCACCCUGUCCACCCACCUGCUCAUCCACUCGGACACGCGGCCCUACCCCUGCCAGUUCUGCGGCAAGCGCUUCCACCAGAAGUCGGACAUGAAGAAGCACACCUACAUUCACACCGGCGAGAAGCCGCACAAGUGCCAGGUGUGUGGGAAGGCCUUCAGCCAGAGCUCCAACCUCAUCACCCACAGCCGCAAGCACACGGGCUUCAAGCCCUUCAGCUGCGAGCUGUGCACCAAGGGCUUCCAGCGCAAGGUGGACCUGCGGCGGCACCGCGAGAGCCAACACAACCUCAAGUGAGGCGGUGGCGGCGCCCGUGCCCAGCCCUGGCCCGCCCAGCCCUGGCCCGCCCAGCCCGAGGUCCUGGCGCCGGGAGGGACGCCAGCCUCACGCACCCAGAUCCCCCGUCUCCUGGAAGCAGCACUUGAUGGGGAUCGUCCAGCUUGUUUUCAGACUCACCAAAUUGCUGUGUGACUUUGGACAAAUUGCUUUCCCUCUCUGGAACAAUAGUGCUCCUGCCGUGCAGAGUGGGAGCUGAGCUGAAGAUGUAAAAACUUGGGUGCCUUCUACAGGGCAAAGCCGGGGAGGCCAGAGUAGCCCCACGUGGGCAGGGAUGCCCUGAACAGACCAGAGCGGGGACCCACGGAGAAGCUGGAACCCCCCAGUGCCUUCUGCCCACCAUGCUGGCAUCCGGCCCCCUGGUUUUAGGGGGCCUCUCUCGGGCUGCCGGAUGGUCAGAUCAGAACCGCCUCCUGCCCCAGGGUGGGUGCCGAGCACCCCUCUGCUUCAGCCAAACCUGCCGGCUGCCCCCCACUUCCGACCGGCACUCGGCUGGCCCCGGGGCAGGGGGUCCAGUUCCGCCAUCAGACCCAAGGGCCGCAGGAGCCGGCAGUUACUGUUGUCAAAUGUCUGUUCCCCUCAACUGCUAUAGAUGGAA